GCUGGGAGGCGGGGACCUGCGUCCGCUCUGGACCCACGGGCGACAGUUGGUGUGCGCACGGCUCUCGCGUAACAUCGUAAGCCACUGCGACGGACGGGUCGACGCGGUGUAAUACUUUGGUCCGAUAGCCCUGCGAUUCAGUGGUGCAUUAUGGACAUGAAGCGUCAUUUUUCUCUGUUUAUCUGCAGAGUUUUUAAUAUGUCUUAGGAUAUAUCUUUCGUACCGAAAAAAAAAAAAUUAUGCGACGCGCCUGUGCUAGCGGGUUAAGCGCUGCUCCAUCAUAAUUUUUCAUUAUGUCCUUUACUAUCCACGAGCAACAUGACAUACCUGCUAAAUGCCAAGUUACUGCGUUGAUGCACGUGUGAAAUCCUUACUGUCUCGCUACGAAGCAUAUAUUAAUUACAUCAUGUCUCCUAAGGGUGACAAUCUAUCCAAAAGCUCUUUUCUGCCUUACCGCACUACAGCAUCUGUAAGACUCAAUAAUUCUUACAACUAAAAUCAAGAUAAAGUACGUAACAUGGUGACAGCAUUCAAAUAAUACUCUCACCAUCCAUCGCAGGAAUGUGAAGACUGCAGUGUUUUGAAGUGAAAUUUGAAGUUAUCUUCGCAGUUUAGUGCCUCAGUAUACAUUGCUGACUGUUCUGUUACUACUGUUCUGUUAACUGCACACAUGGGACAACCACAGCAGUCUUUGGACACCGUCCUCGCGGUGUCCACGGUGAUUCUUCUACUCUUCGCUUCUGCUGGUAUAGUUUCAGCCCAAGGUCGAGUGAAGCAAGUGCGAGCAGUUAUCAACGGAACGGCACAACUUCCUUGCGACAUGACGCCACCUACCCCCGGAGACUCCGUAUUACUCGUCAUCUGGUUCAAGAAUGAGAAGACUGCCAUUUACAGCUACGACGCGCGGCGCAAGUCGUGGGAGGGACCCUCCGGCCCGCACUGGAAGCACCCCCAGCUGCUGGGCGAGCGCGGCUUCUUCCGGACGGUGGCGACGCCGGCGGCGCUGUCGCUCAGCGACGUCGCGGAGUCCGACGAGGGCGUUUACCGCUGCCGCGUCGACUUCCGCCGCUCCGCCUCCAGGAUACAGCGGGUCCGACUCACCGUCAUCGUCCCGCCCCAACGACCCAAGAUCUACGAUGAGCGUGGGGUGGAGGUGGGACCUGUUGCCGGUCCUUACCAAGAAGGAGGGCAAGCACGCCUCACCUGCGUCGUCUACGGUGGGAGGCCACCGCCAGAAAUCCGCUGGUGGCGGGGCGAGCGGCUGCUGGAGUCCAGGGAGCUUCCAGCGGGGCCGCGCAUCCGCGAGAGGCUGCUGCUGCUGCCGCGCCUCUCCAGGGCCGACCUGCACGCCACGCUCACCUGCCAGGCCGUCAACAGCAACCUCACACUCCCCGCCGAGGCCAGAGUUUCGCUGGACAUUAACUUCAGGCCGCUGUCCACGACCAUCCUGAGCAGCGAGCAGCCGCUGACGGCCGGCCGGCGCUACGAGAUCGCCUGCCGCACUGUGGGGUCGCGGCCGCCGGCGGUAGUCUCCUGGUGGCUGGACAACACGCGGCUACCCGCCAGCACCGACAAGGUUUCUGCGGACGGCAACGAGACCAUAUCGACUCUAUCGUUGACGCCGGAACAUACGGACGAUGGGCGGCUGCUCACUUGUCGGGCUGAAAACCCUCAGGUGCUUGGAGGCAUCGAGGAGCAUUCAGUCAGGCUGGCUGUUUACUAUGCGCCAUCUACCGAGCUGCGACUGGGCCCUCGACUGCACGCGGACGACGUGGAAGAAGGCAGCGACGUCUACUUCGAGUGCCACGUGCGAGCCAACCCACCUGCCUAUAAGGUCUACUGGAAGUUCGAGGGGAAGACGCUGGUACAGAACCACACUGGCGGUGUGAUAAUGACGCGAGGCGCCCUGGCACUGCAGUCCGUCAGCAGGAAGAACGCUGGCGCCUACUCCUGCGUCGCGUCCAACGUGGAGGGCGACGGGGAGAGUCCCCUGCUGCGUCUGCGAAUCAAGUACAAGCCGGUGUGCCGGCCCGGACAGCGGCGGGUGUACGCCGUGGCGCGCCACGAGGUGGCGCACGUCCGCUGCGAGGUGGAGGCCUUCCCGGAGGCCGUCGGCUUCCGCUGGGCCUUCAACAACUCCGCCGAGACGCUGGACGUGCCGCAGUCGCGCUUCAACUGGUCGGCGGGCGCCUCGCAGCUGGCGCACGCCCCCGUCAACGACAUGGACUACGGGUCCGUGCUGUGCUGGGCCGACAACAGCGUGGGGCAGCAGCGGCGGCCGUGCGUCUUCCACAUCGUGCCGGCCGGUCAGCCUGACGUGCCGACCAACUGCUCGGUGCUGAACCAGACGUCGCAGUCGGUGGUGGUGCGCUGCACGCCGGGCUUCGACGGCGGCCAGCCGCAGAGCUUCCUGCUGGAAGUGCUGGAGGCGGCCAACGGCCACCAGCUGUUCAACAUGACGCAGCUGCGGCCGCACUUCGUCGUCGACGGGCUGGCCGCCGGGCAGCUGCUGCAGCUGCGCAUCUCCGCCGUCAACGCCAAAGGCCGCAGCGACUCCGUCACCCUGGACGCGGCCACGCUGAUGCCGCCAGAGAUGCGAGCCAGUGGAGUGCCGCUGUCGCUGGACCUGCCCACGGCGGUGGGGGCGCUUCUGGGUCUGGUGUCGGCGCUGCUGCUGCUCGCCGUGGCCGCCGUGGCGUGGCUGCUGCACCGCAGGCGGCGGCGCCGGCGUCGCGACGGCUCCCCACCCGCCGCCGAGCUGGCGCUCAAGAAGAAGGCCGCCGCCGCCGCCGCAGCCGCCGCCGCCGCCGCAGAGCUGUCCGACAAGGACGACCGCAACCCCGACGUCGUGCCCUCCUACUGCGACGACUGGUCGGAGACGGACGCGGCGUCGUCUUCGCGCGGGACGCCCGUGGUGCCUGCGCCGGAGCUGCCCCGCGACGGCGAGCGCCCCCCGCACCCCGCGCCAGCCUGGGAGGUCUUCAAGGUCUGCCCUGCCGCCUGCGACGCCUACGUGCCGCAUCCGAAAGGGAAGCUAAGGAAGAAGACACAAUACGGGAGCUGCGCCCCUGCAAAGUCAACUGAGAGUAAAACUGCAGAAGACGAACCACGCAGCCCAGAUAGAAACCGUCUGGUGAUCGACACAUCUGCCAGCUCUGUAGCAGACGGACAGAUGACGGAAGGGCCAGCUACCGCAGGAGCCUUUGCUGACCGUAGCAACACCAAUCAAGUGACGUCCAGAGAACUGAAGGAAGAAGUAACACAGGAGGAGGCGCAAAGGCAACAGGACCAUUGCCUUACCUCCAUAGCAGGACAACAGCAGUCUGACAGCAGCCCCAUACUACCAGCGCUACCACCGGCCCCAGUGUGUGGGCUGGAGGAGGGGUGGGGUGGCUGGCUGCCUACAGACGGAUGGCGGCAGACGGCCCAAGACCGCCGCGCAGUGGCAGAAGGCAGCACACCACCUUGCAGACAAGACGCACUGCAAACGGACAUCGACGCCGCCCACUGGAAGAAACGAAAAGCAAACAAUGGAAGAAAACGCAGGACGGGAGACGCGCCGCCCGAGAAGUCGACUGAGCGUAAAACGGCAGAACACGAACCAGGCAUCAUGGACAACCUGGUGAUCGACAUUUCUGCCAGCUCUGAAGAAGAAGGGCAGACGACGGCGACGCUGCGGAGGCCGCCGGCGACGCGCCUGCAGCAGGCGGGUGUCCGGCCUGAAGUGACGUACGCCGAGCUGCGCCUUCCGCCGCUUCAGGCGGGCCCGCCGAUGCGCCGCUACUACCGCCACGAGCCCGUCGUGUACGCACAGAUCGCGCACGCGCCUCCACCGGCUGCGACUUCCGUGGCGACCGUGACGUCAGAGGCGGGAGGCGCAUGCGCGAUGAGGGCGGCGUCGCCGCAGCAGCUGGAGGUGCUGCAGCAGCAGCAGCAACAGCAGCCACAAGAGUCGCGCGAGGUGGUGACCGUCAGGACGCCCCUGAUGGUCGGCCAGCAAGAGAGCUGCGUCUAG